AGCUGGAACUGCAACAAUGUUACAAAGCUCACACACGGUUAUCUGAACAGCUUGUGGUAGAAAUUGCAGAAUGCAGAGAAUCAAAAGCCCUUGUUCAAGAGAAAGAAGAAUCAAUUAAUAAUUUGCAAAAUGACAUCUCACUAGCAAGGGAAGAAAACCUACAAAUUAAGCAGGACCUAGAUGAAAAGACAAAAGCUUUGGAUUUGUUAAUGAGUGAAAACCAGUCACUCAAAGCACAACUUGAGGAGAUUAGAUUGAAACUGAAAAAAACAGAGACUGAGAACAAGGAUUUAAUUGAUCGUUGGAUGCUCGAGAAGAUGAAUUCUGCAGAAAAGCUAAAUGAGGUUAAUGCAAUGUAUGAGGACAUGAUGCAACAGUUGAAGGUGUCCAGCAUUGAACAACUUGCGCGACAACAAGUUGAUGGAAUCGUUCGCCAAAGGGAAGCUGGAUAUGUGGACCAUGUGGAAUCAACAGUUCCAUCGUCUUGCAAGCACACACUUCAUGCUCAUGAAGGUGGGUGCGGAUCCAUUUUGUUCCAAAACAACUCGGAUAAGCUGAUUAGUGGCGGCCAGGAUCGGACCGUCAAGAUCUGGGACACUAAGCUCCACUCUUCAUGGUUGCCUUGGGUCAUUACUUGAUCUUGCUAUCACACAUG